UGACGCGAUAGCAGAGCUGAUGUAACCGGUGCAGCCUGAGCAAUGGGAACAUGCGACGGAGCCGCUGGAGGACGUGCUUGGGUUGUCGUGACGCUGCUGUGGAUGCUGCAGUCCACAGCAGCAGGUUCGUUGGACAAACGUUCGAAUGCUCGAAUGCAAAGCUGCUUUGCUGCUGGGAAGCUCUUGGACCUAACGAAUGGAAGCGUUGGCCUGCCAAACUGUGUCGAGCGCUGUGUCCCGCCAGCGGAGAGGAGCGUACAGGCUGAAGGUCUUGGCUUUUGCAUGCUGCCUGUUGUGCGCACAGAAGCCUUUGAUGUUUCCUUCACCCUCGAGCUACGCAACGUGAGCCUCAAACAUCUUCCGUCCCCUGAGCAGCUGCGAUUGCAAGUCCCGGUUGCCUUGGGCCAAGCUUUGCAGGUGCCUCCAGCCGAUGUGCUGGGAGAGGUGAUGGUGAGAGAUUCCAGCUCGUAUGACAGCCACACUCUUCACUCCUUCAAGCUGCGGCGCCGCGAUGAAACGGACGAGCCAGGUGACGAGCCAACUGAGAUCCCGCCAAAGGUCUCCAAAAAUUUGGGCAUUUCAAGCAUGUCAGGCAGGAACCAGUCAGAAAAGACUGGCUCAGGCGGUGGCAAAGAGAAAGACAGUCUGGUUGGUGUCCGCGGCAAGCCAAAGCAUCCAGGCCCUGCGUUCAGCCCGUGCAGGAGUGGCUUUUGCAACAUGUAUCUCACAAUGCGAUGUGAAGUCUGGCGGAUUGCCAGCGCACCUGGCGUGGAGCUGCCAGACAGCUCUUUGAUGACCGCUUUGCAGCAACGAUCCUCAGAGGAUGUGAUCGAGAAGCUCGGGUUGAGUGGAAACUGGAGCGUCCUGCAGCUCAACACUGCAACACGGCCGAAAGGCUCGACACCGUUGGAGGUGGUACGAGCCGAUCCGGUGUUCCGUUUCUUGGGGUUGCCAUGGAACUACGAUCCGCUGCAAGGCAAUCUGACUGGCAAAUGGAGUGAGUUUGGUGGCAUCGACCCCCGCUUCAAGUACGAAGAGAAAGCCAUGCAGCAGAUUCUUAUCGCCUUCUUUGUAUUGAUCGCCCUGGCUUUCGCAAUUGCAGGUCAGCAGAAACUAGGUCCACUAUCGUCUGUCAGUUAUUCUGACAGCGCAGACUGGCAGUCGGUUGGAGGCAUGCAGAAUCGCACCUUCAGGCGACCUUGGCCUAUGCGCAAAGAGACUCGCAAAAUGUUGGGAUUGCGGACUGCCUAGCAGCCUAGCACUGCACGCCUGACAAUCGGUAAAUCAUGCACGCUAUGAAAGCUGAGUUGGGCAAAGUUGCCCCAACUUUGUACAAAGAUGUGUGCGCCAGAGUCUAGUGAGUCUAGUGGCCUGCAAUUGCAGUUUCAUUGCGCACGCCAGCUGCUAUUUGUGCGCAAAA